UUGUGCGCAUGCCCUCUACCGCUUUAGCAUGCUGUAAUAGAGCCAAAACUGAGAACACUGAUGGCCGCUCUCAUUCUUACUUCUGCUUCCACUUGCUGUUAAAUGGUGCAAGCGUCUUAAAACUGGCAUCUCUUUCUUUUGUUAUUUUUUUUUGUUUUCUGGACGACAAAUUGUGAAAAAAUGACGAAGACGAAACAUUACAUUUUGUUUGAACAUGCAGUUGGAUACGCUGUGUUUCUUACUAAAGAGGUCGAAAAAAUUAAACUGCUGUCAUCUGAAGUGCAAAACUCUAUAACAGAUUUGUCACGUUUUCGUAGUGUAAUAAGCCUUGUUGGAGUCUUACCUUUCAAAACAGCAGUAACAGCUUUACACAAUAUGAACUGUAUAUCUGAAGGAAUUGUUUCAAAAGACUUGCAGCUUUUUUUAGAUAGUUGCAUACCAAAAUCUACUGAGGAAGAGUCUGUUUUUCUUGGUAUUAUAGACCAGACACAAGACAAACAGUUUACUAAAAAUAUUAAUGUAACUUUGGGUAUACAAUGUAUGCCCGAUAAUGAUACUGUUCUUGAAAUUAUACGAGGAAUAAGAUAUCAUUUUCAUAAUUUGAUAAGUGAUGAUGUCACUGAGCAGAAUGCAAAAAUUGCUCAACUAGGACUUGGACACAGUUAUUCGAGAGGUAAAGUUAAAUUCAAUGUAAACAGAGUGGACAAUAUGAUUAUUCAGUGCAUAACUUUAUUGGACCAGUUGGACAAGGAUAUUAACACAUUUAGUAUGCGUAUACGAGAAUGGUAUAGUUAUCAUUUUCCAGAGCUUGUAAAGAUCGUUCCUGAAAAUUACUUAUAUGCCAAAGUAGCAGGAUUAAUAAAAGACAGGAAGGAAUUAGGAGAUGAAGAAGCACUAAAGCAGCAAUUGGAAGACAUUCUUAUGGACAGCCAAAAAGUUAAGGCAAUUAUUGAUGCAGCGAAAAUAUCGAUGGGAAUGGACAUAACUGAAAGGGAUUUGACAAAUAUCGAAAGUUUUUCGGGACGCAUUGUUGGUUUGGUGAGGUAUAAAGAAAAAAUGGUCGAAUAUUUAGCAAAAAAGAUGGAAACAAUAGCACCGAGUCUUGCUACUUUGAUCGGGGAACAUGUCGGCGCCAAAUUAAUAGCUCAUGCCGGAUCGCUUACUAAUUUAGCAAAGGCUCCAGCGUCUACUAUUCAGAUUUUAGGAGCAGAAAAAGCCUUAUUCAGAGCAUUGAAAUCUAGACAGGGAAACACUCCAAAAUACGGAUUGUUAUUCCAUUCUUCGUUUAUUGGCCGUGCUGACCCCAAAAAUAAAGGUCGAAUCGCGAGGUUCCUCGCGAACAAAUGUUCCAUUGCUUCUAGGAUCGACUGCUUCUCAGAAAGACCGUUGAACAUAUUUGGCAAUAAAUUGCGAGAACAAGUAGAGGAAAGAUUGAAAUUUUUUGAAACUGGGAAAGAACCGACAAAGAAUUUAAAUGUGAUGCAGACUGCGUUGGAAGAAACUAAACAGGCGUUAGCUGCAUUGGAAAAACAAGAGAAAGAAAAACAGAAAAAGAAAAGGAAGAGACGAAGUAAUGAAGGUGAAAUGAACGGAUCCAUUGAAAACGGUGAAGCAGAAGCGAAUACAUCUUUACAGAAAAAGAAAAAAAAGAAGUCAAAACACACUGACGACAAUUAAAACAUCAUUUUUCUUUUUGUAUGUGUGUAUUAUUUGCUAUAUAUAUAUAUAUACAUACGUAAACAUUGAUUUAUAUUU